UUGAAAGAGCUGAUGAUUGACAGCCCCAAUGGCACUGAGACCUUUGACUGCAAUCUUCGCGUCUGUUCUGCUGCUGGGUAUAUCAGAGCGGAGCCUUGCCUUACAGAUAGACGUUAUCCCCGAUAUCGAGGUCAAUCAAGGGGACACCUUUACACUGUGGUGCAAUGUGACAGGUGCGCCGUCUCUGUCUCUUGGUUACUUCCUUACGUAUACCAAGAACGCUGUAGAAUGGUGUAUAAUAUAUACAUAUAGCGGGUCAUUUCUACAAUUUGACGGAGAGUGUAUAGCUCGUUAUCCUGCGUUUAGAUUUCGAGUGGUACCUACAGGCUCCACGAACUUUGAGUUCUCCAUGCCGGGAGCGGCUCUGACUGAUGCCGGGGACUACAGGUGUAAAUUUGCCCCCCGCAACGAAGCUCAGAGCACCUCUGAGAUUAUAAGAGUAACAGUACGAGACGAAACGACUACAAAGAAUCCUACCACUGUUCAACCGACAACUGCAGCUCCACCUACAACAUUGUCUCCCACUACAGUGGCGCCGACUACAACAGUUCAGACGACAACAGAAGCGCCACUGACUACUACAGUGUCGCCACCUACGACCACAACAACACCGAUACCAACAACCACUCAGUCAACUACUGUCUCAACUACGACAAUUCCGCCCACAACCAAACCUAGUACAGAAAGUACCACAACUACCCAACCAACCACCCAAACGUGGACGUCAUACAACACAAACGGAACAGGGGACAUAAUGACCAGUCGUCCCCACAUUGCCAUUUCCACUACAACUGCCCAAGAGGAUGUGACCACGACGGUUGAUCCACAUGAAGGACACGAUCACUCGAACUGGACAGGAACUGUGAGGGCCGUUCACACUGUAGAAACCACGGGCGCUAUAGUGGGCGGUGCUGUCGGAGGUAUUGUGCUGAUUUCCAUUGUGAUCAUAGGAGCGGGAAUCUGCUUCUAUCGGAGGAAGAUAAACAAAUUAAAGAGACGCACCACUGCUUCCAGUAGACGCAAUUUAACUGACUGCAAUGGGGGAUAUGAAGUUCCUGUUUCCAACGAAGAAAUGGCGCUAGGUUACAGCUCUCUGCCCAGGCCGGAGAACCGCGCCCUGAAGAACGUGUACGCUACUAUAGGAGACGAGGAGGGCUACGAGGUUCCCAUUUCAGCUAUAGAGCAACCAACUUAUGCCAAGAUGCAGCCUCGUUCUAAAGAGUUUACAAUGGCGGACUUGAAGCUGGUGUCAGAGCUUGGUCAUGGACAUUUCGGCACAGUGUAUACAGCAGUGAUUAAGACGCAAACCAGCUCCCUCCCUGAAGGAACGCAGGUGGCCGUCAAAAUGCUGAAAGGUGAAGCAUCUGACACGGAUCGCAAGAAUUUCCUGAAAGAAAUCGACAUAAUGGAUUCUAUGCCUAGCCAUGAAAACGUGGUGCAGCUAUACGGGUAUUCCUCAGCAGGUUGUCCUUCGGCUUUCCUCGUGUUGGAGUAUCUUUCUCUGGGCAAUCUGAACACAUAUCUCCGCAGCAGUCGAGGUUUGGACGCCUUUGGUAACAUCGGGGACGCCACGAAUAUUCUGUCUCUGGAAGACUUACUUCACUGUGCUCUUGACGUGGCCAGGGGGAUGGAUCACGUCUGCAAAUAUGGGUACCUCCAUAGAGAUCUAGCGGCAAGGAACAUAUUAGUUAGCGACAAACGUGUCUGCAAAGUUUCUGACUUUGGACUUUCUCGAGACGUAAUAGAUUGCCGCGCAUACUUGAGCUGCUCUAAGGGCCCUCUCCCCUUGCCAUGGAUGGCUCCGGAGUCCAUAUCAGAGAGCAUCUAUACCAGCCAAAGUGAUGUCUGGGCAUUUGGGAUAGUACUGUGGGAGAUAAUGACACUAGGUGCCACGCCGUACCCAGGUAUAGCCUCGUUUGAGGACUUACAGAAGAGAAUUAAACGAGGCUACAGGAUGGAGAAGCCCGAGGAGUGCCCCACAGAAAUGUAUAACAUCAUGCUGCACUGUUGGCAGGCAGAGCCACGAAGCCGCCCCUCCUUCAACCAACUUGUACAGACCCUAGAGCUUCUCAGCAAGGACGAGAAGUUUGCGUCGCUAAACGAUGAAUAUGUUAGGCUGAGGACUACAACGUGCUGAGACUUGUUUGACCUAUAUUUCUGCAUGCCAGUGACAUAUUGGUAGAUCAUUAAUUCAUCGGACAAAGUUUGAUUCUGAAAUUAAUGGCGCCAUAUGGAAAAAAUGACGUCAGUUUUAUUUAAAGUGACUGUCGUCAUAAGGACUGCCGUCAUACGGUAAACAAUGGAAUUGUGGGAUAUCGAUGCUAUGGUUCGUUCGCCGUGCACACUGUGCACUGUGGACCCCAUGGCUUUGACAUAUGCGCAGUUAUCAGCAGCUGGCAAGACGUAUACGAUAUUACACAAGAAAAGUUGUUUCGGGGAUUUUCUAUGACGUCCUUUGUGUUUUUUUCCAAUUGUAUAACAGUUUUCGGAUGCCGAAGUGAAUUGUUACAUGUUAGAUUGGUUGAACCUUGUAUUAAUCCCAUCAAGUCGAAACACAUAUAUUUGAUCAAUAAAACCGUAUAGGAUGAAAAGUAAAAUAAUUUUCAUACGUCACCUAAGGCAAACACAUUCUUUUUAAUCAUGUUGUAUAUAUUCUUACUCAUAUAAAUUCCUUCACCAAUAAAAAUAUUGACUGAAAUAGGCCUAUUCAUAUUCAUAUUCAUUUACCACAAUUAGAAUAAGUUAUAAAUAAAAAUUUAGAAUAAUGGUUAGUCACUUUGUCAUAUUUUCGUGUUUCAAAUAAAUUUAU